AUGACGUCAAAUGUAGGCGACAACAGUAAACGUUCCAACCUAUGUGGAAAUGGUCUGGAGCAUGUAAACAUUCAUCACAUUGCUAAACGGCAUUAGCGUAAUCCGAUCGAGUGUAACAGUUAACUGCUUUUACGACUGCGGGCUGUGGCACAUGGGGCGCCUGGGAAUCUAGUGUGAAGUGGCUUGCUCACGGACACAACUGGUCUAAUCCAACUGGCGACCUUCUGCUUCCAAGGCAAACACUACUCAUUGAGCUACCAGACCACCAAAUUCCACAAAGGGAAUCAAUAAAAAGACCUCCCACCGACUUAAAAGAAUGCACUGGCUGUAUGUUUAGCUUCGGAAUAUUUCAGUAAACUUAAGAAGACAGGAUGCCUUAUCACUGUGUGGCCUAUGGAUGUGGCAAGACUUCAGAAGACGGUGUGACGCUGUUUAAAUUCCCCAAGGACCCUGAGGAGUUUCGCAAAUGGGAGAAGCAGGUCCAGCGCACCCGCACCCGUUGGAUCGCCACACCCAACUCUCACCUUUGCAGCGAGCAUUUUGGCAAAGAGUACUUUGAACCCAGACUACACUCUGGUGUGCUGAAGCUGAAGCCAGGAGCUGCGCCCACAGUGUUUGUCUGUCUUCGCUGUUCUUUCUGCAGUGGACGCGGCUGCAAGAACUGCCUUCCUGCUAUCCAGCGACGGGAAAUUGCAGCUGAGCCUAGAGAGCAUAAGACUACUGCUAAACAUACAGGUAAUCAAAUUAUGCCCAUUCAGUCUGAUGCCAGUGAUGGAGGAGGUCAUGAACAUGUUACAGGAAGAUGGAAGAAGCAUUUAGAAACAAAUGAAGAACAACCAGGGGUGUGUGAAAUGUGUGGCACCACCGGUAAUAUAAGCACCUUCUUUUCGAGGACCAAACGUUUCUGCAGCACAUCCUGUUCACGCUCCUAUUCAUCAAACUCUAAGAAGUCAUCCAUACUGGCACGUUUGCAGGGGAAGCUACCAACUAAAAAAGCUGUUGUGUUGAACAAGAUGAAUAAAGUUGUGGCAAGCGCAGGAGGACCAGAUGCAGGUUUUGACUGGGGCUCUUACUUAGAGAGGGAAAGAUCUCCAGCUGCAUCCGUCUCCUGCUUUACACACGUUCCCUUGUGUGACCAGUGGGACGAAAUUGCUGUGGGGAUGAAGGUGGAAGUUUUGAACACUAAUGCUGUCCUGCCCAGUAAAGUCUACUGGAUUGCUACUGUUGUCCAGAUUGCAGGAUACAAAGCUCUAUUGCGCUAUGAAGGCUUUGAGGAUGACAGCAGCCAUGAUUUCUGGUGCAGCCUCGUUUCAGGGGAGGUGAAUCCAAUAGGAUGGUGUGCCAUCACAAGCAAACUGCUGGUUCCACCCCAAGAUGUUAAGCUGAACAUCCCAGAUUGGAAAGAGUAUCUAAUGAAAAAGCUAGUGGGGGCCAACACUUUACCUGUUGACUUCUACAUUAAGAUGUCAGAAGGCAUGAGGACCUCUUUCAAAAUAGGCAUGCGUGUGGAAGUGGUGGAUCCCAAGUAUGUGAGCCAGACCCGCGUUGCCAUCAUAGAUCAGAUUACUGGGGGCCGUCUAAGGCUGGUGUACACAGACCAAAGUGAUGCCCCCGAGAACGCAGUCUCUGAUUUCUGGUGCCACAUGUUGAGUCCUCUCCUGCAUCCACUGGGCUGGUCCAACAGUGUGGGUCAUGCCAUUAAAGCACCUGUAAACAGUUGGGAGGCUGCUUCUAGUGGUUUGAAGAAUAACUCUGACAAUGCAUUCCUGCUCUUUAAAAGGCCUAGGACUGUUUACAUGGACGGAGGUUUCUUUGAAGAAGGCAUGAAGCUGGAGGCCAUCGACCCUCUAAACCUUGGCAAUAUCUGUGUGGCCACUGUACAAAAAGUGCUGUUAGAUGGCUACCUGAUGGUUGGGAUCGAUGGCACUACCUCUAACAGUGACUGGUUUUGUUAUCAUGCCUCCUCCCAUGCCAUCUUCCCCAAAGGCUUCUGUAACAAGAAUGAAAUCCAUCUCACUGUACCUCAAGGUUAUGAUCCUCAUACUUUCACCUGGGACGACUACCUGGAGGAGACCAAAGCUAAACCGGCGCCAGCGCACCUGUUUAAUGCUGACUACCGAGGUCAUGGCUUCUCCCCCAACAUGAAGCUGGAGGCUGUGGACCUGAUGGAGCCACGCCUGGUGUGCGUGGCCACCAUAAAACGCUGUGUGGGUCGACUGCUGCUCAUCCAUUUUGACGGCUGGGAGGAUGACUUUGACCAGUGGGUUGACAGCCAGUCCCCAGACAUCUACCCUGUUGGCUGGUGCGAACUCAUGGGCUACCAGCUCCAGCCGCCUCCUGAAUUUGCCGCAAACCAAGAGGCACGGAUCAAGAAAUACAAGCACUUUAUAUAUGGGAAAAAGAAAAAAAAGUAUACAAGGAAGAGACUGUCCAAUGACCAAAGUAAAGCUGAUGCUACCCAGGGACCCAAGGUCAUCAGCACAGACAAUCCUCAAAAAUUGGUAGAAAGCAGUCUACAACCACAAGUGCCCCUCAUUCAGCCCAAAACUGAGCCAGAGGAACAGGAUAUUAUGGAGGUGCAGGUGAAGGCCGAAGAAAUUGAGAUGGAGAUUAUUAAUCCUCCAAACAACCCUCAAGAACUCUGCGUGAGUCGAAUCAAACAGGAGGAAACAGAGGAGCAGAACAAGAGAAGAGACUACGAAGUGCCAGCGCGAACUAGCAAGGAUCAGGCAUCACGUGAUGAGAGAGAGACAGGGAAAGAUGCAGGUGAACUGGAAAAGAACAGUGUCACUGUGAGCAGCAUGGAGCAGAGCGAAGAUGAUGGAACUGAACAGGACCAAGAGGAGGAGAUGCAAAUGAGUGACGCCAGCGAGUCGGAAAGUAAUACAGAGCAUGAUACAACAGGAGAAGGAAGAUAAGAGAGACGAGACCUAUGUGCUAGAAGACAACACUCAAUGACGAUGGCUUUGUUUUAUACAACUAUGACCUAGUCCUUGUGUAGCUACUGUGCCAGAAAUACUACUUAUCAUGAAUCUAUUGUUCAGAUUAAGCUACGUGGUUUUAAUAAAAGUCCAAUGAAUUGCAA